UUCGAUGUCAAAGAUUUUGUAAGGCAGAAUGGCAUAUUUUCCUCGCGCAAAGACUAUACGUUUUAAUGAAGUUCGAAGCGAUGGACCAGGUGUUGGAUACUACUCGGUGCCGAGGCCAAGUUUAGCUGCUAGAGGUCCGGCAACUUUUUUCCGUGCUAGACGAUGGAAAAAUGGUUUGCUGCAAGACUCUUUCGCGGGAAAUGUUUGUUGCAGGCACUGUGGUGGCAAUGUUAGCAUGGCUCAAACAUCUGCAACUUUCGCAAAUCACCCUCUCACUACCAGUACGCCCGCGCAACAUUCAAAAUUUCCGAGGUGUGAACUGAAAAACAUGAGUUCGAUUUCUCACAUCGCUCCUUUUUCUGAGCCCCUCAUUUCAGAACCGGCCUCGCCUAGUAAGAGAAACAACUGCCAAGAUUGUUUCGUUUAUGAGAAGCAGCUAGAGACAGAAGUAAUGGCAAGAAGAACACUCGAAGAUCGACUGAUGCAGGCAAUGCAUAUGAGCAGCAAUAGUUCUCAGCAUUUUACAGCAAACAUAAGUGCAUCGCUUCAAAAGAUACAGGAGCAAAAUGAAAUUUUGAACGAAGCAGCGGCCCAGCUUGCAUCAAUAACAAAUGUGACAAGCGAAGCGGAAAUAAAUAAAGAUACCUUUAAUUUUUCUAUUGCUUCCAGUGUGAACGAAAGUUCCUUCAUACCGCGUGAAAAAAUGGAGUUCGAGAGUGGUGACAUGAAUAACUCAGCAAAUAGACGUCUGACUUACAACGUGAAUAUGUCCAUGGGACCCUUUGAUCAACAAGGUAGUGUCGCAAAAAGUAUCGGAAAUCUGGAUUCGUUUUUUGAUGAGUGUUCAAAUGAUUCAAAAGAAGCAAAUGAUGAAGUUGCACAUGUUGCGAAGAGUUCUAAUGAAGAAUCAAGUUCAAAAUCAAAUGGAGAGGUGAUUCUGGACAAUGAAAGCGUGGAAAGUGCUAUUUGUGACAAUUGCUGUAAUUUGAGAUCUGAGUUGGAGAAAAUUAAGUCUCAAUUGGUGUCAAUUCAAAGUUCGUCUGUGCCAACUGAUACUUAUUUGCGACUUGAGAGAGAACUAAAACAAACCAAAGAGUUCUUCGAUUCUCUUGAAAAAGAAUUAGGGAGUGCGAAUGAUAACGAAGUAGAACCAGCAAUUGAUGAUUCUUGUCGAGAAGAAAUGAAAUCGAGCAUCAUGCUACUUAAAGAUCACUUUCAAAGUACUGUUUCUCAUUUGUCGAAUGUGAAUCAAGAAGCAGAAGUUGCUAAACAGACAAAUUCAGAGCUGAAAGCUGAAAUUGACGAGUUAAAGAAUUCAGUUAGCGAACAUCUGAAAACUAACGAAGAUUUGAAAGGACAAAUAAAGGAUCUAAUGGAUAGUUGUUACCAACACGUCAAGGACAACGAAGAAUUACAAGCAAAUUUAACCGAAGCGUUAACUAAAAGUUCAGAACUUAAUGAGUCUAAAAUUGAAGCUCUUGCAGAAAUGAGUUCUUUGAGAGAUGAGCUUGAAUCCUUAGUAGCCAAAUAUGCCGAUCUUAAAAAGGAGAAAACUGCAAUUGGAGAGAAACUGAACUCGGCGCAGGAGAAAAUAAAAGAAGUCGAAUUGUACUUCAAGACAGCUGAAAGUAAGAACGAAGAGCUUGAAUUUGUAUUGGAGUCGUACAAAAACGAUUUAAACUGGAAAGACACAGAAAUCGAGGCACUCAAAGAUCGAAUUUCAAAUCUGGAUUGCGAAAUGCAGAGAAGAAAAGCAGAAAAUUUAGAAGAGGUCUCAAAAUUACAAGAACGCAUGACCGCCGAAAAAGCCGAUUUUGAAGUGAAGUUAACAGAAAAUACCGAAAGUUUUGACAAACUGAAAACAAAAUUUGACGAGCUCAAUAAGAACUUACAAAAUUAUAAGGAGGCUAUCCAAGCAUUGAUGACAGAGCUUCAAAGGUUUAAUAUUCCUGAGGUUACUGUAGAUAGUAUUGCAGAAGCUGGGAAAAUUUUCAACGACAUGAAAACAAAAUUGGAAAACAGCGAAAACGAGCUGAAAUUAACGAAAGGAAAAAUGGAAAAGCAGGAAUCUACUUACCAGUCAGUAAUUAAAGAAUUCAAAGAGCAGUUGAAUGUUUUGACUUCCAAAUGUUCGGCUCAAGUUUGCGAAAUAAAGGCUUUGAAAACAGAAAACGAAUAUAUUGUUCAAGAAAAAUUGGGUUUAAAAACCGAGUUAGAACUUCGAGAUAAAGAUCUGUUUAUCAAAAUGAGUGAAAAUGAGCGGCUGAAUGAGGAAAAGCAAUUUUCAGAAAAGUCAAUCGAGGAUUUGAAAAUUAGGGAAGGUCAGUUGCUUUCGGAUGUGAAUAAUUUCGACAAGAAGUUCCAAGAAUUAACUUUCGAACUCGAUUCUUCUCGACAUGAAUUUUCGAAGGUAACUUUAGAGCUGAAAGAUGCAUUAGCUUUAGUUAGUGAAGUUCGCUUUGAAAAGCAGGAGUUACUCGAAAAGAACGCACAGCUUAGAAAUGAGUUGGAAAGUCUAAAUGAAGCGCAUGAAUCUGUUAAAUGCGAUCUUACUGAGAAACAGAAGGAUUUGAAUUUAGCGGAUAAUGAAGUCAAUCAGUUGAAAUCGAAAUUAUCGGAAGUUUUCAAAGAAUUUGAAAUGGAAAAAACGAUCAAUAAUUCUCUGGCACAGAAAACCGACGAAGCGCAUUUGGAAAUCGAGAAGUUGAAUAACAAAAUAAACAAUUUGGAAAAGACAUCGAAAGAAAUUCAAGAGCGAGAAAAGGAUUCAGAACAGCUUUUCCAGAAUUUACAAGAAAGCUUGAAAGAAAGCAAGGAAGAGCUUUUCUUGAAAGAAAACGAGGUAAAAGAGCUUAGAAUGCUUAUAGAGGAGCAAAAAGACCAAAUUGAUAGACGAGUAUCAAUGAAUGGAAAAGUUUUGGCCGAGGGAGAAAUUUGGAAAUCUCGAAUGAUUGACGCGGAAGAAAAACUGAAAAGUUCACUCGAACCGGUUCAGAAAGAAAACCGACUGUUGUUCGAGAAAAUUCACGAGUUGCAGUUAAUGCUGCGAGACUACGAGGAAAUGUAUGACCAUAAGGAUUACAAAAGUUCUUAUGAGAAGCUUCUUAGUGAGGCAAAUUUGUUGAGUUCUGAACUGGAAGCUAAAAAUGAGAAAUUAGAAAAGCAACGUGAACAAAUAGUGACUUCAGAAGGUAAGUUGAUGAGUCGUGAUAUUCAACUUAAUGCUGCGCUUUCGGAAAACCAGCAAAAGUCUUUACAGCUUUCAGCAGCCGAGAAGAAAAUAAGCCUAAUGGAGGAAAACUCGAAAAAGAAAUUCAAACCAAUCAUCGACGGAUUGGAAAAUGAAAUCUACUCAAUGCGAACUGAAAAAUCAAACUUGGAAGAUGAAAUUUCGAAAUUGAAAACAGAAGUAACUCAACUGAAAAUUGAAUCAAGUGAAAAUAUGAACAAACUGCUUGCUUCAGAACAAGAGAGAAACGACGCGCUUGUUAAUUUGGAAAUCAAGAAAAAGUCGAAUGAAGAUAUUUUGAAGAAAAUUUUUGAACUUAUUCGAGGAAUCACAAAACUUGAAUUGAAGGUUAAUCAGAAAUCAGUGGAAGAUAAUCUUCGCAAUUUCGAAUUGGGCGAUGUUUUAAGCGAACUAGACGUUUCAAGAGACUGUCUAGGUCAAUUUGAACAAUACUUGUCCGAACAAGCAAUGUUGAUUCAAGAUAAGGAUCAAGAAAUUUUGAACCUAACCGCAAAGUUAAACGAAGCAAAAGAGAAAUUAAAUCAAUUCUUUGAUCGAGCUGACAUUGAAAAUUUCGAACCAAGCUCGGAUUUUUCAAAAUGGCAGGAAAUGUAUGACGGUGUUUGCGCUGAAAAACGAGACCUCGAGAAAAAAUACGAGGAGCUAUCGUUAUCAGUUGGUCCAUUCAAAGACCUUCUGAAUCAGUACGAUAACGAGAAAAGGUUAUUGCUUCAAAGAAGUCAAAUAACAGAUCAACAGUAUUCAGCUUUGGUUGACAGAUACGCUGAUUUAAUAGGUCAUCAGAACAAAAACCAGAAAAUCAAACAUUUGAAUAAACUCAAAUCGGAUAAUAUUCGAUUGAAACAUGACAACGAUAGUUUGAGAUUGGAAAUGAAAAAGUUAAAUGAAGAGUUAUUGAAGUUUGUUCAACACAGUAGCAUGAAAACACCGAAAGUUCACAGAGAAGUUUCAGUCGAAAACAGAUUGCAUGCGAAGUCUAACCUUUACGAUUUGAAAAAUGUCAAGAAAGAAUUCGGAGCUUUGCAGUUGCCUAAUGCCACAAAUGAGAGUUUGGUCUUGAAACAAAAUACUGAGUCCAAUUGUCAGUAAUAUAGCAAUCACAGAAGCUUCAGUACUAACAUCCUUUUGCGCCAUAAAUGUCCUGAUUUGCCUUAGAAGUUUUAUUGUAUGGAAAUUUGCGUGACUACAUUUGAAAAUGCUAUCUUAUUUUGAUGUGUUUGUUUUGGUUUUUGUUGUUUAAAAUUUCUUUCUAUUUCGUUUUGUGGAAUUUUGUAUUAUGUUUAAGUGUUUCA